AUGUCUCUGCUUCUCAACCAACCCUCCAAGGUCUGGCUUAGGAAACACACGUUGGUAAGAUCCUCUCCUCUUGCCUCUAGUGGUUUUUCAACAACUUUGCUGCAAUCCCCUCCUUGUUUCGUCGCCGGCCCUGAUCCUUAUGGAAACCUCAAAUAUGACACUACUAUUGAGAGGAGGAGUGCCAACAGGAGUGAGUUGGAGUUGGUAAAAAAGUUGCCUGUGAAAUCGGUUUUCAAUGAUGCAAUGGUAGUGGUCGGGUCAUCUCAUGGCUGGGCUCUGAACAAGGGCGAUGGAAGUCUGCGUCUCCAAGAUGAUCUAAUCCCGGUUGCAUCGGUUACGGACCCAAAACGAAUCCCUCUGCCUCCUUUUGUCACUCUGCCUCAAUGCCAAACCCAAAUUAUCACCAACGUGUCCAUGUCCUCAUCUUCUCCAGGGGAUGAGGAUUGUGUCGUGGCUGUCAAGUUCUUGGGACCUCAAAUCAGCUUUUGCAGACCGGCUCAUAGCAACUCUGAGUGGAUCAACAUCAGAAUCUCAAACCCCUGCUUCUCCUCCUCCCGUGUUAUGUUUUCCGAGAAACAUAACAAGUUUUGUAUGCCCGGAUCUGGAGGCCAUCUUAUUGGAUCAUGGUAUCUCGGCAAACACAACGACGAUCCCAAGCUGCAGACUGUGCACUUCAAAAAACUUCCCAAACUGAAUAAGGCCAAACGCAAGCUUUUGCAUUCUUGCUACACGAGCGAAUAUUUGGUGGAGUCACGAUUCACAGGCGAAACUUUCAUGGUCAAGUGCUACAAGAAGACCGCCAAGAUCGUCGACGGUAUUGCGAAAAUGGAAACAAAAGCUUUAAUGGUGUUCAAGCUAGACGAGGAAGGAAACGCUGUUUACAAUGAAGACAUCAGAGAUCUCAUCAUGUUCCUCUCACAUUCCGAACCUUUUUGUGUCCCUGCUAGCUACUUACCCCUCCAGAUCGAUAACAGCGUUGUCGCAAUCUUGGAUGUUGACGAAUUGGCAUUAGUCAACAUGCAUGAAGACUUCUUCAUCGACAAUGAAAUAGAUAGAAAAAUCAUGUCCCCUUACUUUAUUCCACCUCAGUUUAUAUAGACUAGUUUGUCUGGAAUUGAG